AUGAUUCAAAGGAACCCCAAGAAGGUUCAUCCUCAGAAGGGUCAUCCUCAGAAGGGUCAUCCUCAGAAGGGUCAUCCUCAGAAGGGUCAGCCCCUGAAGGGUCAUCCUCAGAAGGGUCAGCCCCUGAAGGUUCAUCCUCAGAAGGGUCAUCCUCAGAAGGGUCAGCCCCUGAAGGGUCAUCCUCAGAAGGGUCAGCCCCUGAAGGUUCAUCCUCAGAAGGGUCAUCCUCAGAAGGGUCAUCCUCAGGAGGGUCAGUCCCUGAAGGGUCAUCCUCAGAAGGGUCAGCCCCUGAAGGGUCAUCCUCAGAAGGGUCAGCCCCUGAAGGGUCAUCCUCAGAAGGGUCAGCCCCUGAAGCAAGCCCCCGACACCCCCUACAUGUACACAGCCUGA